GUGUUUUUGUUUUGGUAAAUUCAGAAAACCACGAUUUCAGAAAACCAGAAAGGAACAUGAUAUAAAAAAGUGUCUGUCUUCUGUCUGCCGGUCUUCCUCUCAGAUGCUUCACUGCUUCAGACAUGACUUCAAAGUGAAAAAACAAUAUUUUGAACAUUUUUAACAAUCGAUAUGCCCGGAAACACCAGAAGAAUUUCACGAACAACUCGCACAUCUGCAAUUUCAUCCCCAGGAAUCUCCAGUUUUGCAAAUGAGCCUUGUGGACAAAGAUAUGCCCCCUUGGGGGUUGCUGUGCCCACCCUCCCUGCCUUAGAACAACCUGCUGCCCCCAAACAUUUUCCUUUCCCCAAUACAACUGUAGAAGAUGACCUGGUUUUUGAAUCACUCAUGUGCUCUUUUACUAUAAUAACAGCUGGGCUCCAGUACCUGCACUUGUAUAGAUCUGUCUGGUGGCUACCUAAUUCCUACACUAGUCAAGCAGUGAAUUUUUACCUUAUUGAUCCAUACCUUGUUCUGUUUAUAACUGUUAUACUAUCUCGAAGAUUAGUAUAUAUGAUAGCAUGUAGGUUAUUGAACAGAGCAAUAUCUGAGAGGUUUCAUAAUCUAUGUCACUAUUACAUCAGGUUCAUCCUAUUUUGUGUGAUGUGUUUGAUACUGUCAUUUAGCACAUACUUUGUACUGCAGAGCCAUCAGAUUGAGAAGAUUUUAUACCUUUGCUAUCCAUUUUUCAUUUACUUAAUAUUGUUUGGAUUCAAUAUUCACCCAUUUUUUGAAUUGGUCAACUGGAGUUCUUCAACACCACCUCUACAUGCCUGCAGCUCAAAUGCUGUAGAAAUUCGAAGUGAAAUAGAGAAUUUGGUUGCAAAUUUCAAUUCUAAGAUGAAAGAAAUCCUGUUUUGUGCCAUAAUAAAUGCCUACUAUGCAGGAUUCAUACCUUGUUGCUUUGCACAGUCUGCUCUGCAUUAUGAUAUUCUGUGGACUGCUCAGCAUAUAAUUUUCAUCUUCAUUAGUGGAUUCAUUUCUUUGUCCAUUCAUGUCCUUUCUCUCAGAUAUUUUGAUAUCUUGCAUAGAUCUGCUCUCCAUUUGGGAACUUGGGAAAAAUUAGAAACUGGUAGAACUAUGUUGCUUGUCAAUAAUAUCUGGAGAGAAGAUAUUUUGUGGCCUUUUGGGGCUCUAGUCAGGUAUGGAAAAGAUAUAUGGAGAGCACAAGGAGACUGUAAUAGCAGUGAACCUGGUAAUGUGUGCCUCAGGAGGUUUUAUAAUAUCUUCAAAAAUCCUACAAAUACUCUGGGUGUCAAUCUUCUGGUACUGAUUUUGAUGGUACUGGACCAACUGAUAGUGCUGAUAAGUUGUACUUUAUGGUACAAAAUAAUAUCCUUGACUUUCAUUUUAUUCUUCAAUUACUAUAUACUCUACAAGUUGCUGAGGGACUAUUUGAUCAGUCAUAAAAUCUACAGGGAGGAACGAGAAAUGCACAGGAAGAUUAAUAUGAGAUAGGGUUUCAGGCUGAUUCAUGUUAAAAAUGUUCUUCUGAUGAAUAUAAUAUGUAUUUUUGUAG